UGUCAACUGCUGUGGAACUGCCUCCUCUUUUACCAUUGUUUCAAAUAAGAAAGAAAAGAAGGAAAUAGAAAAUGGAGCCAACUGAAGGUCCUUAUGCGUACUAUGAUUACGACGAGACAGAAAACUCCACCAUGUGUGACUACUCUGAGUGGACUCCGUCGUACUCCGUCAUCCCCGUGCUCUACAUGCUCAUCUUCAUCCUCGGCCUCUCUGGAAACGGUGUGGUCAUCUUCACGGUAUGGAGGGCCCAGGGCAAGCGGCGCACUGCUGACGUCUACAUCGGCAACCUGGCUUUGGCUGACCUCACCUUCGUGGUCACGCUGCCCCUGUGGGCUGUCUACACCGCUCUGGGCUACCACUGGCCCUUUGGAGUGGCCCUGUGCAAGAUGAGCAGCUACGUUGUCCUGCUCAACAUGUACGCCAGCGUCUUCUGCCUCACCUGCAUGAGCUUCGACCGCUACCUGGCCAUCGUCCACUCGCUGUCCAGCACCCAGCUGCGCUCCCGUGGCCACAUGCGUGGCUCCCUGAUUGCUAUCUGGCUCCUGUCCGGUGUCCUGGCUGCUCCAACUCUGGUCUUCCGCACCACGAAGUACGACGCAAGCAUCAACCGCACCUCCUGCGCCAUGGACUUCAGCCUGGUAGUGACGGACAAAGAGCAGGAGACCCUGUUGAUCGCUGGCCUCAGCAUCUCCUCCACGGCCCUGGGCUUCCUCCUGCCUUUCCUGGCUAUGAUGGUGUGCUACGGCUUCAUCGGCUGCACCGUCACCCGCCACUUCAACACGCUCCGCAAAGAGGACCAGCGCAAGAAGAGGCUACUGAAGAUCAUCACCACCCUGGUCGUGGUGUUCGCCGCCAGCUGGAUGCCCUUCCAUGUCGUGAAGAGCGCGGAUGCCCUCUCCUACCUGGACCUGUUUCCCGACACCUGUACCUUUCUGCGCUUCCUGCUGGUUGCUCACCCCUACGCCACCUGUCUGGCCUACAUCAACAGCUGCCUCAACCCGUUCCUCUACGCCUUCUUUGACCUGCGCUUCCGAUCCCAGUGCCUGUGUCUGCUCAACCUGAAGAAGUCCUUGCAUGCGAGUCCCGCCAGCUCCCUGUCAUCCCAGAAGACAGAGGCCCAGUCUCUGGCCACAAAGGUGUGACGUCAGCUAAAGGCCCAGAGGCAUCCUGGGAAACAGGUGAACAUUGCAGAACAAUGCAGGUAAAUGAACCAGACGUCCACAUUGCUGCAGCGCGUCUUCCUCACAGUUUGUUUGUGGCCAGUGUCCUCUGCUGCCCUCUGACCUCGUGGACGGCCGCAGGCAUCUGUGUGACAGUGAUGGUCAGGCUUGUGGAUUUUUGGUUCUCACCACCACACUUAAACUCCAGCCUCACCGUCAUUGCCAGGGGCGCAAAACUCAACCUCUUUACACAAGGGACCAAGCAUGAAGCAGACUUUAUUUUUGAUCAAAAAAGAAAAAGUGGAAUGUAUUUUAAAAUGGACAAUACACGCACAAGUCUGUCUUCUCCUGUGGACUUUACAGUAUAUUAUGCAAAGUGCUGAGCUUUGAACUCCACCCUCAAGUCUGUUAGUCCAACAUUUGCCCCCGCCGUUCAUGUUUUCAUUUCUAAGCACUUGGGGUGUGAGAUCUACAAAAUGACCCCCACUCUGCCCGCUCAGUAUCUGCCUCACAGCCUGCAAAGUGUAAAGUGUGCGUAUGUGUCUGCAUGUGUGCGUAACAACAGUUUGCCAGUCGCCGAGGGGUGUUGCAGCCUGAUAAGGGUGUUGUAAGAGGAGACGGGGAUAGUGUGAGCCAGGGUGGGAGUCCCAGACAGACUGACAGACAGAUGGCAGCUGACAAAUGUUUUCAGGCUGGUGGCCAGCCCAAUUAAAAGGUGACUGCUUUGGCAGUCUGCGUGUGAGUGUGUGUUUGUGUGUGUGUGUGUGUGUAUGU